AUGCCAGAUAAUGCCUUUAUGCGCAGAAGUAGGGCCACAUUGGAGUACCUAAGCAGCUAUAAUAUCCAAAUUGAUCAACAUCCACAGCUGAUCUCAACCCUAAAACCCGAAAACCUCUGGGAUACUAUCGUGCGUGAUGUAUAUCCUGACCAUAAGCAUUAUAACAGUCCAGGAGCUGAAAUUUUGCCCAACUUUCUUCUGAAUUUCCCUAAUGCCCUGGGCAUAGCUCACGCGAAGAAGUCGUCGCGAUUGGGAAUCGCGACGUCUUGCUCAGCGUGGCGACUUUGGAAGCGGCGAAUGAGUCGCUCGUUGGUCGGAGGCAUGCAUACCUUCGACGCCAUUUUAUGCAAUUGCACAGCACUUCACAAAUUGCUC